AUGUACCAGACUAUGAAGACUUCACUCUGGUGGAAGGGCAUGGAAGCCCACAUCGUGCAAUACGUGCGCAACUAUCUUGCGUGCACAAAGAGCAAGCACCCGAUAGUCAAGUACGGUAAGUUGCCCGCCAAGACAGUCGUGGUGCGGCCAUGGUUUGAGGUGGCCAUUGACUCGAUCGAGCCGUAUGGAAAGAAUAAAUUCCGUGCAUUAACGAUGAUCGACACAAGCACUCGACUAACGGAGAUUCAGCCAGUCGAUGAUGCAUCAAGUGACGAUGCUGCAUUUGUGUUUGAUCGCUUCUGGCUCUGCCACAACCCACGCCCUGUGCGUGUCAUUUACGACCAGGGGACCGAGUUCAAGAAAGAGUUCUUCGAGCUGCUCGAAAGCUUUGGCAUCCAUGCCAUACCGACUACAACUCGCAAACCCCAGGCAAACGGGAUCAUCGAGCGCUUGCACAGAGUGAUUGGUGAGAAGAUGCGCACGCAGACGAUCAACACGAAGGAUGAUUGGUCUGGAGACAAGGUGCUGUUGCGAAACGAUGCAGGACCACAGGCCAAAAUGGCGCCGCUGUUUAGUGUACCCCACAACGUUGUAGCGGUGCGCACGAACGGUACGCUGGUCCUCAACAAGGGCAAGCACAUGGAGACCGUCCACAUACGACGUGUUGUGCCCUUCAAGUCCCAACGUGGGGAAGACUGUCAGCAGAGCGAUCUGUGA